CAGUGUUCAUAGUAGGGUGUUACUGUGGUCUUGUGUGGCUAAGUUUUCUCGUUUCUCGACCUUUACGAGUGGAAUAUUAUUGUGACGUGUUAUAAAGUGUUACGAAUCGGAGCUCUAUAUGGUGUAUUGUUCAGUGACCCAAAAGGAUUAUAUACCCUAAACGUGUGGAUUAUAUUAUUUGGAUUUUCACGAAAACAAGCAUGGUACCCAGUUAGUGAUGGUGGGUGCAGGCUCCGUGGUGUCCCCCAGCAUGGGUGUGGCACUCCGCAGACGAGUCCUGGCACCGCACACCAUGCUGGCGCUCCACUUACUGCCGGCGGUCGUGGUCCUCUUCGCAGCCCGCGCCGAUGCCACGCCGAGCAUCUCCUUUCUCAACGACCACAAGCCCAGGAGCAUCACUUUGCCAGAUGAGUUGGAGGCGCAGAUCUUCCCGGGAAACAGUAGCGUUACGGACUACUUCAGACUAUUACAGAGAGACGGGGAUUCCCUCCUCAUUGGAGCCAGGAACAUCGUCUAUAAUAUCAGCAUCCAUAACCUGGAGGAAAACUACAGUCAGAGAAUAGUUUGGUACUCCACGGAUACGGAUAGUUCCGUGUGCUUCAACAAGGGCAAGUCUGUGGCCGACUGCCAGAACUACAUCCGGGUUUUGGCCAAGGAGGGCGACGGGCAGUUCCUCGUCUGUGGCACCAACGCGUACAAGCCCCUGUGUCGGCACUACGCUCAGCAGGCGGACGGGAGUUUCAACUUCACGGAGACGAACGGCGCCGGCCAGUGUCCCUACGACCCGAGACACAACUCCACUUACGUCUAUGUUGAUGGCGAGCUAUACUCCGGCACCGUAGCGGACUUCCAGGGGACGAUUCCUCUUAUCUUCAGGCAGCCCUUGAAAACGGACCACAAUGACUACAAACAGCUCAAUGCCCCGGACUUCGUGCACUCCUUCGACUACGGCGACUUCGUGUUCUUCUUCUUCCGCGAAACCGCCGUCGAGUACAUGAACUGCGGGAAGCGCGUGUAUUCCCGGGUCGCGCGCGUGUGCAAGGGCGACCGGGGGGGCGGCCCGCAGCGCUUGAAGAAUUCCUGGACGUCCUUCUUGAAGAGCAGACUCAACUGCUCGGUCCCUGGGGGGUAUCCCUUCUACUUCGAUGAGAUCCAGUCUACGACGGACAUCAUCACGGGCAUCUAUGGCGGGGAGAGCCACGAGAUCAUCUACGCCGUGUUCACGACGCCCCCGAAUUCCAUCCCGGGGUCCGCCGUCUGCGCCUUCUCCAUGCGGGCCAUCCUGGACACCUUCGAGGGGUCCUUCAAGGAACAGCAGACACUCAACUCGAACUGGCUCCCAGUGCACCUGUCCAAGGUGCCUGAACCACGGCCAGGAAGUUGUGUGGCCGACAGCCAGACUCUGCCGGAGUUCAACGUCAACUUCGCCAAGGACCACUCGCUCAUGGACGAAGCUGUCCCGGGAUUCUUUGGCCGCCCGCUCCUCAUCAAGGCCUUCUUCGAGCACCGCUUCACCAAAAUUGUGGUUGAUCCGCAAGUUAACUUCCAAGACGGGAAGACUGUGGACGUCCUCUUCAUCGCAACGGACGGAGGCAUUAUCUUCAAGGCCAUUAAUGCCCAGUCGUCGGCAGGUGUAGAAUCGAUCGACCCCGUCAUCAUCGAGGAGAUCCGCGUGUUCGACCGCCCUGUCCCCAUCGUGAACAUGCAGCUGGCCAAGCAGGCGGGCGGAGAAGGGAAGCUUAUUAUCAUCACAGACGAUGAGGUGAAAUCCAUUGAUCUCCAUCGCUGCCACAGAGCCUCGUCCUGCAGCGCAUGCGUUGGGCUACAGGACCCUUACUGCGGUUGGUUCGUGGGCCAAGGGCGCUGCGGUUCGCUCGGCUCCCAGUUCACAGGACCCGUCUUCCAGAACGUUUCCGGGCAUCACUACCAGUGCUCUAACAGCGAUGACAAUGAUGUUUACAAUCCGUCGACUCAGAUCCAAACUACCGAGGCCCCGUGCCCAACUGAGGUGGAGACCUGCGCCCCCUGUGUCUGUCCUGAGCCUCCCUCCUCACGCCUGCCCCCUGUUACUGAAGUUACCCCUACAGAGGGAUCGGUUGAUCAUUCGACCAUAUAUGAUCCUCCUGUGGAUGAGGAUUAUUCCUUCGUCGAGAGUAACAGAAUUCCCCCAAUUACACCUGCAAAGGACGUUAAUGUGGCCAAGAGCAAUGCCGUGCCAGGUGUCGCGCCGGAGGGGGACUUACCUAAUGAAAUUCUUGGGCCUCUCGGACGCGAACCUGGGAUUGGCAUCGCAUAUGCUGAAGGCGGCGUUACUGGUCCUGUGGUUGGUGCGUCCCUUGAGGGUCCUCCUAUAUAUUCUGCCGAGACUCUAGCCAUUGCCGUCACAACAGCCUGUGUUGCAGCACUGGUCAUCGGUUUCAUCUCCGGGUUCCUCUUCUCUCGCAAGUGCAGAGGAGAUGAGUAUGCGCACACAUACUCUGAGACACCUUAUUUGGACUCGAAGCUCAGCAAACGAGACAACUUAGUACCAUCAGCGGACCCAAACAUGUAUACGGCCAACAACAAACACAUCAAUAAUUUAGUGACUAACUACAACCCCAAGAAUAUCAAUGGCAAGUCCAAUACCAACACUACUACGGACAGCAAGCUUCUGAAGCCUGCAAAAUGUGCCUAUAUUUGAAUUAAGGGGAAAGUCACAUGUUGUUGUUGGCCAGAUCUACUAUUUUUUGUGUUUUAAGCAACACGCAAGUCUGUCAGUUACUUUAUUAAAGGAAGGCUUGCAAUGAAGGAUCAGAAAAUGUCAUAUCUGAUGUGGCUUGAAGGUGAAAGACUUCUUUUUAAUGUCACAUAUGGAAAAAAAAGGAAAUAAUAUUCAGGAAAGCUCAAGUAGCCUAUGGUUUUCCUAUUAUGGUACAUAUGACGAAUGAUCCUGAAUUCAUGAUAGGCUCAGCUUACUGCAAAUAGAAAAGAGAGAUGAAAGUGCUGCACACACACACACACAGAAAAAAAAACAUUCACAGGACCAAGUGCACAGUUGAUUUCUCUAUUCCCAAGUACACUAAUGAAAAGUGAGAUGUGAAAAGUGAUUUGUAUGAAGAGGACGCAGUGUGAGUGACUCCCAUUAUGAAAUCAAGCCAGAAAUCACAGGUUCUCAUUUUGCAGGUUGUUGCUUUCUCAAGGACAAGGAAAAAGAGGAAAGUUAGUAGCAAAUGCCAAACAUUCCAGUCAGAUGUCUCCUGUGUGGAUGUGUUGGCCCUUUGGAUGAAAAUUCAAAAUCUUAAGGAAAAUGAGGUUUACAGAAAGUGGCAAAGGUGAAGAAUAAGAGUAGAACAGAAUGAAGAUGUUUGCAAUGGAGGCAUUAUCUAUUCAGAUACAGAGAUUGGAAAUAUGUAUGAUACAAAAGAAAAAUUUAUAUAUAUACUGUACAUGCAUAUAAGAAUGUAGGGAUAUAUCACUGAGGAGAAUUGAGAGAAGACAGCAGGUUUCCAUACUGGUGGCCUGCUGUGUUAUGAAUGUCUUGCAGGGAAAGGGAGUUAGAGAGAUGUUAUGAAUUGGAUUUGCUCAGAUGAAAUAUUAGAGCAACACAGGAACAACCAAAGUUAUGUAUUCAAUAUGUUAUUCAUUGAUAGGCACUAGGGAAUUACAGAGCAUGGUUACUGUUGCAGAGUUCAGUAUGUUAUAUUUUUAAUUUGAUCUGAAAUCUGUCAAGUUUUUGUAUGGAAUUGAUAUUAUUCAAAUGAUAUAGCAGCGUGAAAACUGCAUAUCUCUUCAUUCUGAAUUUCUCCAAGAGAAGUUUAAUGCAAAUUGUUGAAAUGUCCAAAUUACCUCCAAAAGUUAUUGUCUUCUGAAGAAAAUUGAUAUUUACUAUUACUGAAAUGAUUUUAUUCUUCAAGAAUAACAAAAGAUAUGUUAAAUGUGUUCAGAGAGUUUAAUGCCCAAAAGAAAGUUUAUGCCUAAAAUGAUCUUCCCUUCAGCAGUAAAAGGUUCCACAUAUACCACCUAACUGAAACAUAGUUUUUCAAAUUGUAUAACAGCACUUGUCAGCGUCCGUAUCUGAUGAAAAUAUGACUGUGUCCUUAUUAUAUUCAUGCUGCGAAGGCAACAGGUCGUAAAACUGAUUUGAAUGUGAAAAUAACAGCGCAUUAUAAAGUUUUGUGUUGUAUUUAUUGUAAAUUGAUACAAUGCUGUUGAUUAUAGUCAUAUAAUGAGUGAUCAUAAGUUGGUUUGAGGAAGUUGUAGAAAGGUGCUAACCAAACCUGCAUUUUGGCAGAUUGUUUUAUACUGCAUGCAUCCCACCUUUGACUAUUCAGUAUUACUGUACCGUACUCCAGUUGACAAUGGGUAUCUGCAAAGUCACUAUGUUGGCUGAGGACUUAGUUGAGCACAGAUUGAAUGUAAUCAGUGGUAAUAUCCUGCCAUGUAAGGGAAGUGUUAGCAAACAGCUUAGGUGCCUACAUAAAUAGCUACAAAUAUGUUAAGUGUUGCAUCCAUAUAGACGCCUUACAAGACUUUUAUGUUAAGCGUUACCACCUGUUGCGACACAAUUGUCUGUAUAUGUUGUCCUAGUGUGUCUGUACAUUUGCUGUUGCUGUACAUAAUGUGUGAAAGUUGUGUAAGCUGCCAUGCGAGAGAGAGACAUAACUAGAAUGCGUGAUGGAUAUGAGUGACAAGUGCUUGUAUGUUUCAUUAAUGUUGAGCUUCCCCAGUGACCCUGGACGGUAUCCCCAACAAGGAUCAAACAGUAACUUAACUAAUAAUGGAACGUGCCGAAACUGUUGACAUAUAAUAGACAGUUCUGAUUUCCUUGACGAAAGGAACAAUAUCUUAUAAUGUAUUUAAAAUUGCUGUUCAUCACUCUCUUUGGAUAUAGUAGCUUCAAGUAUUUCAGUAUAUUGGUGUUCGAAAAGCAUUAUGUGCCGGUGAUAUUUGUCUACGUAAUGUCUUGUUAGUUUUGUUAAAGCAGUAUUGAAUGAUUUGAAUGCAUAUCAUGAAAAUGUUAUUUUUGUCACAACUUAAGGUAUGUAUACAGAAUUAAUAUCUGUAUACUUUUUCAUAUAGAUAUAUCUAUAUAUAUAUAUAUAUAUACAUAGUUUUCAGCUUGCAAGCAAAAACAAUAAGAACACAAUGAAAGAUCAUAUCCUUUCACACUGUCUCAUAUAUUAUUAAAACAUGCAUGAAGUGUAAACAUCUAUAUACUCACUGUACUUUGGAACAUACUGUCUUCAGUAUCUUUUUAUCAAGUUUGAUCCUUGCUGUCGGACGAAGAAGCUUACCAUUUAUCACUUGGCUGAUGAUUUGACAGCUUCCUACUGACAAUUGCUUUAGGCAGAUUUAAGAUAACUAAAUGAUUUGCAAUCACGUAGGGGCACACAGUAGUCAGAAUCUUUUUAAGUUUAUGAUUAUCAUACCCUCAAAGACAUUUUUAUAUUGAGUCUCCCAUGUAGAAAGGUGGCAUUGCAGCUGUGUGCCUCUGCUGCCUGAGGCUGUAAACUGUUGACACGUUAUGAUGUAAAAAUUUUAAGAAAUACUGACUCAUAAUUGAUAAUAUAUUAUGAUAAGUAAGAAUAAAUAUGGACCAUGAAUUUUACAUUCAGCCUCACAAAUAUUGUAGUGCCUUCAUGAUAAAGAUGAAAUAUUAGGUGAGCCAAGGCUGUAUUCUGUAAGUGUAAUGUUUUCUCUGUUUUAGAAUUGGUUAAAAAUUGUGAUAAAAAAAUAGUUAAAAUUGGUAAUAUAAUGGUUAAGAAGUGCAAUAUUGGACACAUCUCUUUAUAUUUUUUUUUCUUUUUUUUUUUUCUUUUUUUGAUAUGUUAUGGUUAAUCUAAUAUAAAAAAAAAACAGACUAAGAUAAAAGAAAGGCUCAGUUCCAAUAUCCUCCAAAGUUAGGGAACCAUUCGACGUUUGUUGUUAUCUAUCUUCUCGGAAUACAUUUUUUUUUCUCUCUUUUUUAAGCUUAGUUUAGCUUAGGUUUUAUUUUUCUCAUUCAGCAUUCUUCUUUGUACCUAGCCCGUCCCAGACUUUCAAGACGUUUCAAAGCCGAAGAAAUUAUCCAGGCCCUAUACGCAUGUAGAGAAAAGUCCACCGAAUCAGUGCUCAUUGUCAAAUCUUCAGUCUUAGGCUACAUUUGUAUAUAAAUAAUUUUAGUUGGUUUUUUGUAUAGAAAUUUGAUCCCCCAUAAUUAAUUACAAUCCUUUUUACUAUGUAAUGUACAUACCCCAUAAAAUAAAACUAUGCAAUAUUUGUAA